AUGCUCGAGCUUGGCUUCUCGCACCAGCUUGUCCAGCUGGCUAGAAAGGUCACCGCUUUGUACCGCGCCCUCUUUAGUCAAGACGGUGAUGGUGGAAAGUGCCGUAAGGGAACAGGCAACGUUCACCAGAGGAUCACCAAGUCGCUGCUUGGUCCAUCCGACAAAGCCGAGGCCGCCGCCGCAAAACACAAUGAGAACAAGCACAUGGCCGAGGACUGGAAGAUCCAAUGUGUCCUGGAAGAACAUUUCAACGAACAUGCUCGUGAUGGACAGGAAGGCCGAAUAGCAGAAAGCGAGAAACGCGCAGAUCAGAGCCUUGAACAUGCUCCCUUGAGAACGCGCCGGAUGGAAAUACACAGUAACCGUAGCCACCAUGUGUUUGCCAUCCUGAUGGCCGAGUAG